UGGGGAAACCUGGAAUUUUAGUUUUAAGUGUUCACAAGAGUUGGAAGGACGAGUUGUGCUCCUGAGCAGUGAAGGCUCCUUAUACACGUCACACUGACCCACAUAACAUAGUUGCAACAUGGAAGUUGAGGAGCUCCACGCAGACAUCCAGGGUGAAUUCCAACUGGCUCCUUUGGGUGCAGGUGACAUGGAGGCUGUGGAGGCUCUGAUGUCCAUGACGAAGCACUGGAAGACCAGAGGCUUCAGACACUUCAGGCCCUUGACUCCGUCCUCGGACUGCUCAGAGGACGAUUCUGUCCCUUUUGGGUAUGCUGCGCUACGGGACUCGUGUAUGACGCCACCAUACAGUCCACCCAACUUCGGGGACACCCAUUCCCCCUCAGCGGCCGGAAGUCCGAGCCGGCAGCCAACGGAAGCGACCCCCCUGCACACGCGAGCUGCAGCCACCCCUCAGUUCCGGUGCACCAGUGUGAUCCGUCACACCUCAGAUGGCGGCGUUCGUCGCGUCUCCAGGGAGGGCAGACUUAUCCAAACUCAUAUAAAACACUUUAAAACAGAUUUGUGCUCCGAAUGCGGACUGAACAUAACUGUAAUGCAGUCUGACUGUAGUGCAGCCAUGCCACAGAAAUCUUUUAAUAGAACUUUGCCGCAUGUGGCUGAAGCCAGCCAGACCCAGGUGAGUCUGUUGGGCUUGGAUGAUAAAUCAGUCACAUCUUCGGCUGCCUGUGUGGUCCCUCCUGUGCCCGUCUACUGCCACAUCCUUCCUGUCUCUUGUCCUUCCCCCGGCGGUCAGCAGCAACACCCAUUCCUAAUCCCAUCAGCAACCAGCACCGCGCUACAACAGCAUGCACAAGCUUCUCCCGCCCACGUCUUCCUGCUGGGUGGCCAGGUGGCAAAAGGCCCUGUAAUGCUUCUCGUCCCCCAGCCAGGCGUCCCCACACUCUACAUCCAGCCAGCGCCGGCAACCCCCGUCGGUGCCAAGCUACCAGCCAUCGCGCCCAUUCGCGCUUCAUUGGAGCGAAGACAAAACCCAUCGCAGACAAAAGUGUCUCGUGCACGGAGUCAUGUUUGUCCCCAAGAGGACUGCAACAAGACCUACUUCAAGAGCUCCCACCUCAAGGCCCACAUGAGGACACACACGGGUGAGAAGCCCUUCAAGUGCAAGUGGAAGGGCUGCGAGAGGCAGUUCACUCGCUCCGACGAGCUGUCCCGCCACCGGCGCACCCACACGGGGGAGAAAAGGUUCGCCUGUCCCACAUGCCUCAGCCGCUUCAUGCGUAGCGACCACCUCGCCAAGCACGCCCGGAGGCACCUGGCGAGGGGAGGCCGCCCUGCUGGGCGAUUAAAAGGUCACCCAAUCCAGGUGACCUUGGGUGCGCCUGCUUUUUACACGCCACCAAUCGGCUAA